UUUCGUUCAUCGAGCUCAGCAGCAGUCUCUUUUAUCACCUUCCUUGGAUCCAUAGGGUCUUACCAGGGUUUAUCAAAAAAAAUUUAUUUUUAUUUUUGAAAAUUCCUUAAAUUCCAUCUAUGUCCCUAACGUCCUUCACUGUUUCUAAACCUCAACAAUCACUGUUCAAAACCCUAGCGUCCCCAUUCUCGUAGUCUAUGCUAUUCGCAACUCUUGGUUCUUGUUUUUUGUUUUUGGAUCCGAGUCUGGUCGAUUGACGGCACGAUUCGUUUCGGAGUCUUGGAAUUACUGGUAAGAUUCCAAAGAACUAUUAUUUAAAAAAAAAAAAAAUUGUAACUUUCUUUGCUCAGUAGCUCAGCUUCAAAUUCGUUAGGGUUUCUCGGUUUCGAUUCCAUUUUAUUUAUUUUCUCUUUUUCGUUGGGUUUCUGGGAAAUUUUGUAGAAGAAAUUGGGGUCCUAGAGAGGAUUUUUCCACUCAAUUGAAGGUGGUAAAGAAUUUGGCCAAGCUGAGUUGAAUUUCGAGGUUUUUAUUUUAUUUUAUUUUAUUCGAUUUCUCCAUUUUCUCGGCAACCAAACGGGAAAUAGGUGCUUUGGGUGUGGAUGAAUGUUGUAUAUUACUGAAUGUUGGGGAGCAUUAUAGCUGGUGGAGAUUUAUGGGCUGAGUAAUGCGGGUUCGAGAAAACCCUAAAUGAUAUGAGGGUUUGAAUAUGAGCCAUGGAGGUGUAAAUGUUACGAGAGGGAAUGAGCAAGAAGAUCGUGAUGCGUCGAGAAGACUCGGAGCUGAUGGUUUUGGGCGAGCAGUGUCGAAGGUUGCGGUGGCGCAGAUAUGUGAGAGCGUGGGGUUUCAGAGCUUCAAAGACUCCGCUUUGGAGGCUAUCACUGACAUUGCGAUUCGAUAUCUCAGUGACUUAGGAAAGACGGCGAGAUUCUAUGCUAACUUAGCUGGUAGGACAGAGAGUAAUGUGUUUGAUAUUGUUAGAGGGUUGGAGGAAUUGGAAGCUUCGCAAGGCUUCCCGGGUGCCUCAGGGGUUAAUAAUUGUCUUGCCGGUUCAGGAAUGGUGAAGGGGAUUAUUGAGUAUGUGGGUUCAGCAGAGGAGAUUCCAUUUGCUCAGCCGGUGCCACAGUUUCCGGUGAUUAAGAAUCGGAAACUGAUUCCGAGUUUCGUUCAAAUGGGUGAGAUGCCGCCUGGCAAGCACAUGCCGGCUUGGUUGCCAGCUUUGCCCGAUCCCCAUACGUAUAUUCAUACUCCCGUGUGGAAUGAGAGGGCGACAGAUCCUCGAGCAGAUAAGAUUGAGCAAGCACGACAACGUAGAAAGGCAGAGAGGUCUUUGUUGAGUUUACAGCAAAGGUUGUUGUCGGAUGGUGCGGUGGGAACUUCGGCUUUGGCCUCAUGUAGUGAUGUACAGGAAUUGGACGGGGCUGACAAAAACCCAUUCCUUGGCACGCCUCUGCAACCAGGUCAGAAAGAUGUUUCUCCUGUUGUCUUACCGAGUAAGCCUUCGGCUUUGGAUGAAAUGGUAGAGAGAAACCAUAUCUCUGUGCUAGAGGCAUUUGCUCCUGCCAUUGAAGCGGUGAAAGGUGGGUUUUCUGAUGACGGAGAAGAUGGGAAAAAGGGUAUUCCUGAUGUGAGGCCUGCUGUUCAGCUAAAAUUCAGAACUGGCAAGAAGUUUCUAGGUGAAUCAUUGGAUUUGAGUCUUCAGAAGGGUGGUGGGAGAUCAGCACCUUUUCUUGCACGGGAUGAGGAGAGGGAUGACAAGAAGAGGAGAGCUGAGUUUAUUCUUAAACAUACUACGGAAUUCCCACAGGAACUCAAUCAGUUGUAAACUAGUUAGUUUAGGAGUCGGCAUUAGCAGUGGGCUAUGGGUUCUCAAAAUUGAGGGCAUACUCUGUUCUGAUAUGGAUAUUUACAGAAUCUAGUUGUGAGUUCCUCAUGGUCCACUUAACAUUUUUUAGAGGCAUGUCCAUGUAUGUUUCCUUGUUACUCCCGACAUUUGCUUAUGAUUCUUUGAAAAUGAAGUCUCUGAUAUUUGUAUA